AUGAUCAAAAACCAAUCUAAAACACUGAAUGCGUGUUGCGCAGAAUACGAGCGCCGAUACGGACGAAAGCCUCCUCUCCAUUUUGAUAAAUGGUUCCGCGCAGCUCAGAAGCAAAAAUUUCUCUUGACAGACGAGUUUGAUUCCAUGAUGGCAACACUGGAUCCAUUAUGGGGCGUAGCUCCAUCUGAUAUCCGAGCUCGUCUAGAGAAUGUAAUCAUUGCGAGUCAGGGGGAGGGUAUGUACCGGUUUACAGUUUCUCAAGGCACAGAACCCUCAUUUCACAAUCCGCCAGACUGGAUGGGGCAAAUAUUUAGCCCCUGGUUUGACUCAGAAAUCCUCCAAACCUUACCUAAUAUGACUCUUGCGAUGAAUACCAUGGAUGAACCCAAAGUCGUGGUACCUUACGAUAUGUUAUCACAUGUUCUGCGCGCUGCUCGAGAUUCGCACGAAGGCCCUCUGUUACCUGGGAAAAAUCCCGAUCUUGCUCAGCAUGUCGACUUUUUGAAUAUCGGCAAACAAAAUACUUGGGAUGCAUUUUCACUUUCUUGUUCUCCUGACACCGCAGCGCGAGACUUUUCCCUCGAGGCCACCAAAUCACCCUUUCUCACUCAAAUGGGAUUUAUCUCAAACGUGACGUUGAGUAAAGACGUUUGUGAAUUCCCCGAACUUCACAAUAUUCAUGCUGGUCUGCGUCACCCGGAAUCAAUGACGAUAACCCAUGCGUUAGUCCCGGUCUUUUCUCAGGCAAAAGCCUCCUGCUUCAAUGACCUACUAUACCCAAGCCCAUUUUAUGCGGAAAAAUUACGAACGGGGGAGUAUAAGGAGAAGCAGGAUCCCGACUGGGAAGAAAAAGAGAACGUUGUUUAUUGGACUGGUUCAAACACGGGAGGCCACUCUACGACCGAGAACUGGCGGUCUUUACAGCGCCAGCGCUUGGCAUUGUUAACAAUGGACGAAAACCAUCAUGUCACCCUACUGAAUCGAACCAUGCAACCGCAAGGCUCAGAGUGGCAAUCAAUCAAUUCCACUUUUGCAGCCAUUUCCAACUCCACCAGGGUGCGAAUUUCGGCCGCCAUUCAAUGCGACAAUCUCGCGUGCAAGGAACAGAACGAUGAGUUGAAAAUCAAAAGUGGCAACAGAGACGACAUUGUCGACGGCUAUAAGGCACAGUAUAAUCUUGACAUUGACGGAAAUGGUCUCAGUGGGCGCUUUUAUCGUCUCCUCAUGUCUAAAUCAGCCGUUUUGAAGCAAAGUCUCUAUCAGGAGUGGCACGAUGACUGGCUAAUUCCAUGGCUGCAUUACAUACCGAUCAGCAUGGAUCUUCGAGAUUUUCCUGAAAUUGUCCGUUACUUGACCCAGGAGCCAGAGGGACAGGCUCUAGGCAAAAAGGUUGCUCAGAGCAGUUAUGAGUGGUCGCGCCUUGUACUUCGCAGUGAAGACAUGAGACUUUUCUGGUGGCGGCUAAUGCUUGAAUAUGGAAGGCUUUUGAACGAUGAUCGUGACCAAAUGUGGUACGGUCAUUAG